GGAAGCUGGCCGAGUGUUUGCUUUGGACACAUCCCCGCAUUCCUUCUCCUUCUGGGGCCGGCCUGCAGAUAUGGCACUUCCUGUUUGGGCUGGGUCAGAGGUCAGCAGCCCUGGAGGCGCUGGCCUCGGUGGGGCGGCCGGGCCACUUUCCCAGCCCUCGGGGCCCCUCUUCCAGGCCUGCCACCCUGGCCCCUGCCCCCCUCACAGCCCACAGCUGGGCCAGGCCCGAGGGGUGAGCCGCAGAGGCGCCGGAAGUGGGAGCUGUUCCCGCCAGCCAGACAGGAGGCAGCUUGGCCUUGGGGCUGCCCGGGAGAGGGGACGAGCACCCAGGCACAGACAGAAGCCCAAAGGGGUGUCUGAAGUUGAGCUCCCUGGCAGCAGGCUCGGAAGCGGGCAGCAGGCUCGGAAGCGGGCACCAGCGUACAAGAAGGAAGGUCAAAAAAAGCUCCUGGCCUGGAGAGGACCAGCCCUUGGCCGCCACACCUCGGCCAUCGACACAUGGAAUCUUCCAGAUGGCAGAGGCCCGGCCCACCGCCCUCCAGCUCGGCCGUCUCUGGGGCCCGCGAGCACCAGCCUCAGGCGGGGACAGCAGCAGUUACCUGCCAAGAGCGGGGGCGAAAGGCCGAGUUCCUGGCUGGUCUGGCUGGAGAAGGGUCUCCUGCGGAGAUGCCAGGAGGUGGAGCCUGGAGCGAGCCAGCCUCCCGGGCCCCAGAACCCGACUGAGAGAAAUCCGGCCCCAGACGCGGCAGCCCCCAAGCAUGCAGAAAAGCCCAGAGCUGCAUAGCGCGCCCUGUGUGGGGUGUGGGGGGUUCUCUCCUCAUUGCCCACGCCUCAGGCCCCCCCAGGAGCCUGCCUGGUCAAGACGCAGAGGUGUGCUUCAUUCUGCAAAGCCCCUCUUCCUGGCUCAUGUGUGACACAACUCUCUUGAAAGAAAGCAGAGCCAAGUCACCUCCUCCAGGAAGCCUUCCUGAACUCUGGUGCUGCAUGUAGCCCCAAGAAGGCAGCAAACCAAAGUGCCUCAGUGCCAGGGCUGCUGAGCGGGUAAUGGCGGCCUCCUCCUUGGGCUAUGUUCAUACCCCGACUGGGACCCCAGCAGGGCAAGGAAGGUUGGAAAAUUGCCACGAUAAAAAGUACAACGCAACACAACACAACACAAACCAAUCCCCUUGUCUGAAAGGGAAGAAGUCUCUCCAGUCUCCUCGUCUCAACCACUUCCAACCCACCUCUCCCACGAAAUCCCGAACCUAACCCAAACCCUGCUUCUCCGACUUCACUCUUCUCCGCAGCCCACCUGGAAGCUUCCCACGGGCAGGCUGCUGGCUGAGCACCGAAUACCCGAAUACUGGCGUGCCUGGGUGGCUUGACACUCUUGGCCCAUGUCCCUGUCCUCUCUCCAGGGGACCCCACCUCACUCUAACCUGGCUCCUGCCCCUCCUGGCAUAAUCCCUUGUUGUCCCCUUUCUUGCCAGUUUUCUCUGUGGGUCGACAUUGAGCUCUAUCAGGCCUCCCCUUGCCUGCCUCAGUUUCUUCUCUUCUCCCAGUCACUCCUGACCUUUGCUUCCACUCUCUAGGGCCCCACCUCUGUCCUGCCAGAGCUCCCCUUGUGGGAGCCUGUCUGGAAGGAUCAUCAGCUUGUCCCCACGGCCUCGCCCCACUGCCAACAAGGAGCCCAUGCCUCGGGGAGCAAUGGGACAGCACUUGAGGACAGAGAUGGCAUCGCGAGUAGGACCUGGGCUCUGGGGUCAAGUGGAGCUGGGGUCCCCUGAACCCUCAGGAAGGGGCCAAGCUUCCAGGAGCCCAGCUGUCUCGUCCCUGUGGAGCAGAGUGCAGCCCUGGGAGGGUUGGCCGACUGGCCCAGUCACUCCCUGUUGGUGACCUGCACGGGCUGUGGCCUGAGGGACGGGCCUGAUCCACAGACGGCUUAGCACGCCCUCGGGAGCCAGGCCGGGUGCUGACUGAGCAAGGAUGGCUCAUUUGCUUCCUUCUGUCUGAAUCAGCUUUGCUUGGUCACGGCCGUUCCUGGACCUCGGCUUCAAUGAGGCACCCGGAAUCUGCAGCCUCAGGAUGAUGGGCAGACCAGGGAGGAGCCCCAGAAUCUGUGGAGCACUCCCCUGCCCCCCCCCCCACACCCAGCUGGGCCCUGGUUCUGGAUGACACCAGGAAACUAUUUCCUCUUUUUAAGGAAGAAAGGUUGGAGGUUGGGGGAUGGACUCGGAGCGCCCACAGUAGCCCCCUUUCCUGACCCCAGAGGCACAGCCCCAGGCGGCCCCCCUGGGCUAGCAGCCCGUGGCCGCCUCCCCGCCGUGUUCCUCUCCUCUCCGUCGGACUGGGUUCCCGCCAACAAGCUCCCCCUCCUUUCCCCAGGCCUCAGUCUCCCCAUCCGGACAGUGGAAAGUCUGACUCUCGCAGGCUGUGCCUGCCCAGUGACGCCAAGGAUCCCAGGGCGAGUGUGUGGCCGUCCGCCGCGGGCCUGGGGCGGGGGCGGGGGCGGAGAGGGGUGCUGGGGGCGUGAGGGAGUGGGGGCGCAGCUAGCCCAGCCGUCUGCGAGAAAAUUGCUCCUUUUGAAGCU